AUGGACUAUGAUCAACAAAGAUUGAGCAGCAGGAAAGCAUUUAAACACCAGGACAUAAGUGGGUCAUUUGCAAGUGCAUACUGGCCCUUGUCAAGUAGCGUGGGGAGGCAAGGCACUGGGAUGCACUGCCUGGUCUUUGAAUCUAUUUGGCACACCAUGUUUGGCUUCUCUGAGACCUUCAUCCCAAGAGCCGAAGAUCUUACGCUUCCAUCCUUCCUGAGGAUACCUGAGAGUGAUGAAAGUGACCUCCCAGACGGUCUCAGAUCCACGUUCUACCUGGAAAGAGCCACAGGCAUUGCAUUGCCAGGCACCUGUGCAAACUUGCAUUUCGCAUUGCUUGGUGAAGGUGAAGCUUUCUCCUCGGAGAGACUGGGGAAGGAGCCAGGCAAGUGCGAAAAGAAAUCACCUCCGCGAAAAGAGGUCCAGGAUCUCUUCAAGUUCCUCAAAACAAUGAAUAAGCAGGCCACCAAAAGAACAGGACAAUUUCUGAAGCAACUGGAGAAAAAGGAGGGAAAAGAGACCAAGCGCGAGACGCUCUUGAAGCAAGUGAAAGAUGUGGAUGAGCUCAUGAAUGAGGAGAUUUUCGAUUCGGAGCUUCACAAGUAA